GGCAGCCAGCUGUCAUCCGCUCUUUUAAACUUUGACCACCUUUUCUCAAUCUGCUUCAACUCGUCUUCGUCAAGUGUCAGCGAGUGUCAGAUUUGAUCAUGACUGAAGAAGGCUUUGACGUGGCAGUGGUGGGCUCCUGCAUGACUGACUUGGUGAGUCAGGCUCCAAGGCUACCCAAGGCGGGCGAAACCAUCCAUGGCCACAGGUUCUUCACUGGCUUUGGAGGAAAAGGGGCCAACCAGUGCAUACAGGCCGCCAAGCUAGGUGCCAGGACUGCCAUGGUCGGCAAGGUUGGCAAAGAUUUCUUUGGAGACAGCUACAUCCAGAAUUUCAAGGACAACGGUGUUAACACAGCGUGUGUGUUCCAGGCCCCAGACGUUGCCACGGGAGCAGCUUCCAUUGUAGUGAAUGAUGCAGGUGAGAACGCCAUCGUGAUCGUGGCCGGGGCUAACCUGCUGCUGGGCGCGGCCGAGCUGCAGGCCUCCCUGCCGGCCCUGAGCCGCACCACGGUGCUGCUCUGCCAGCUGGAAAUCCGCCCCGAGUGCUCCCUGCAGGCCCUGCGCACGGCCCGACAACACAACGUGAAGACAAUAUUCAACCCAGCACCAGCCGUUCCAGACUUGGACCCUGAUUUCUACACACUCUCAGAUGUUCUCUGCUGCAAUGAGUCUGAGGCAGAGCUGCUCACCGGGUCCCCGGUCGCCACGGUGGAGGACGCCCGGCGGGCGAGCGGGGAGCUCCUGGGCCGCGGCUGUGGGGCGGUGCUCCUCACCAUGGGGGCCCAGGGCUGUGUGGUGCUCGAGGCCAAGGGUGCCGCCACGCAUCACGUCCCGGCGCCGGCGGUCACGGCGGUGGACACCACGGGUGCUGGUGAUAGCUUUCUCGGUGCGUUGGCGUUCUACAUGGCUCACUACCCCGCUCUACCUCUGGAGGAGAUGGCCAGGAGAGCCAACCACAUAGCGGGAGUGAGUGUACAGGCGGUCGGCACACAAGCGUCUUACCCUUCCAGGACGGACCUGCCCGCGGAGCUGUUCUAAGAGCCAGCGUCUAUCAGAACACAUUCUAUGACGUGUAAUAUACACUACAUUACAGUUAACCAUUAUUCUCUAGAUCAAUGGAAGAUAUUUGCACAAUUUAGAUUUAAAUACUAAAUUGUCUCGCGUUUAAAUCAUUAAACGAAAACAUGUCAAUCUGACCACACUAUGACGACAACCUUGAUUAUUUUGUAUUGUUUGUAAAUAUCAAGCACCUUCAUGGUCCGUAUUCAAACAAUUUCAUAUUUAAUAAAAAACACUGAAUAAA